AUGCCAGCCUCAAUUUCGGAGGAGGAGAUUGCUGCUGCUGCAAAAUGCAAUGCAUUUCUGUUUCCGGCCAGGGAGGGUAAUGGCAGCGAAAAACACAGUCUGGCCGGCAAGUCCAAGAACGAGCUUCAAGAGCUCCUUCGCGUAUACAACCUCCCGUUCACCGGAAACAAGCCUAUUCUCGAGAAGCGCCUCCAAGAAUUCAGCAUCCAAUACUGUGCUGAUCCUGCCAACUGGUGCGACUUUUCUUUUUCUCUGCCCCUCAUUCUCAUUCUUAUGUGUACUCUAUUCAGUCGCAAAGGAAAGAGAGCUUCCGCUCUGCGUGCACACAAGGGACCACGUGAAGAUACCAAGAAGACCAAAACCAAGCUGUCCGACACUCGUCGUGCCAACAUCAUCGAUACCGAACGUGUUACAGAGCGUUCUAAGGACAAUCGCACAGAGAAUGACAAGAAGGACAUGCGGGAAUGGGCCAAACGAACGUGUGCAAGGCUACCAUACCGAGCUCCACCAUUUCAGCAGCAGAAUCCACCUCCGGCACAACCAUUCAUUCCACAGGAGGGUCCUGCAACCGUUCCUGUUGUUCCCGUUGUUAUAACUGAGGUAGCUGACGUUUCGGCACGACUCGAGGUGCUCGAAAGUCGGCUAGCUAUCCUCUCCUCGUCAAGGGCGGCACCAUGGGACUGCAACCCGCAACCAUAUGAGCAAGUUACGGCCACGAACAACACAUUCAUGGGGGGAUUCAAUGACUUAGAUUGGUCCCAACAACCCCAACCUGUCUCAGCUCCACCAGCGCCAGCACCUAUGGAUAUUGACUCAACUGGCUUCACCUACGAUAUCGAAAUGCUCGAAUAUGAAAUACCCUGCGGACCGCUCGCUGGUUCUUGGGGACGGGACCAUAUUUCCCGUUACUGGCCUGAUGAGAUCAUGAGCGUUAGCGUUCCUGCCAACUCAUUCGCCAAAGAUUUCGGGUUACUGAAUGAGAUGUGGGAUGAUAGCUCACCUUUUUGGAAGGAUAAAUCGUUGGUACAAAUUCGUGGUCGGCACAUUGCGAUUAUCCAUUGGCGGGGGCUAUUCAAAGGUACUGGUCAAUGGUCUGCUCAUAAAUCAGCGUGGACAGAGUGGAAGUUUCUAGUCGAACGAUAUCGGCGUGGUACUAUGGAAGACUUCUGGGCCGACUUCACCCGAAAUGGCACACGAAUGAACUACACGGCCAUCUUGAAGAAGCUGCGGGAGGAGCGUGGAGUAAGGAAUCGUCAGUUGGUGGAACAAGCACGGGCAGAGUAUGGUAGCAGGUUUUCCGAGGUAUUCUCCUACGUAUCAUCACAGAAAGGUGACCGUGUUGUGAUGACUCAUGAGUCUCAUAUUGCAGAAGAGUACAAACGUCUGAAAAAGCGGGAUGGAAUCGAAAUUGACUAG